GUAACGUUUUAGAAAUGUAGAUCUAGAUCUGCUGAAUUUAUAAUUCAUUUUUAAGAUUUAAUUUUCUUUCGCCAUAAUUUGUAGUCUUCCAUCCUUUUUCGUCAGUCCAUACACUGUAGCUUCAGAGCUCAGAAUAAAUCGCCCAAAACUCCUCACUCUCAAUUUCGACUAUCCUAUUUCGUCUCAAUUCUUUGAUUUAUCUCCAUCGAACAAAAACUGCAGGCGUUUUGCAGAAAUGAGUAUGGACGCUGAUCACCCCUACGUGCCAAGAGAUCUAAAGUUGCCUGGCUACGAGCCCGUUUUCCUUUCUCAGUCGACCAUCCUUCUUGUCUAUGGUGCUGCGUCUCUGUUGGUGGUCUCCUUAAUGUGGCUCUUAUCUGGGCGGAUUCAUAAGAUCUCUAAAGUCGAUAGGAUACUAAUGUGCUGGUGGAUAUUCACUGGUCUCACACACAUCAUCCUCGAGGGCUACUUUGCCUUUACCCCUGAUUUUUACAAAGUGAAUACUCCACACUACCUUGCAGAAGUCUGGAAAGAGUACAGUAAAGGCGACUCAAGAUAUGUUGGCCGGGAUUCUGCUGUUGUUGCCGUUGAAGGGAUCACAGCUGCUAUUGAGGGCCCAGCAUGCCUCCUUGUAGUGUACGCCAUUGCAAAGAAGAAGUCAUACAGCUACGUACUUCAACUAUCUAUCUGCCUCGGCCAGCUAUAUGGGUGUCUCGUGUAUUUUGCAACGGCUAUCUUGGAGGGAGACAACUUUGCAACGAGUAUGUUCUAUUACUACGCGUAUUACGUCUUUGCUAAUAUGUGGUGGGUUUUUAUCCCGGGUGCCAUUGCUGCUCGUUGCUGGAAAAAGAUAUGUGUGGGAUGCAAUGUUCAAGAACAGAAGAAGAGCAAAACCCGUUGAAAUUGGGGAUUUGAUUGAUCUUUGCUUAUAUCUAUUCUGUCUGGGCAACAAUUGCUAACCUAGCCUGACUAUUUUAAUGUGAUAAUCUCAUUGGUGAAAUGAAAAGAUUUUAUUUUUUAACAUCA